GAUCUAGAAUCUAGAGCGGUUUUCACAAAUUGUAUCAGGAUCUUAUCUAGAGCUAGAAUCUAGAAAUCUAGUAGAAUAUAGAUCUAGAUCCUCUAGAUCUAGAUUUAGAUCUUGUAAUAUCUAGUCUUGAUUCUAGUCUAGAUCUGGUUAAGUCAACCUGAUUAUAUCUGUAUGGAGUGUUAUGGUGCUACCCUUGCCUGCAGUAGUUGGCAGUAUAUAUAUUGACUAUGAUUGAAGUCAAGUAUGAAAUGAAAAUCUUCAUUAUGGCCCACUACUCUUGCCUACAGUAACAGUUAGAAUCUAGUACUACCUAGGCAUAGAGUAAAAUUAAGAUAGAGAAGUCAUUAGCUGAGGAAGGGCACUACUCAAGAGGAACAACCAAGUAGAUCUACACAUUUAUCUGCUCCUUGCUGGCUUUUUGUGUUUUGUGACUUUGUCUAUGUCAGCAGAACUUAUCAUAAAAAAUAUAUUUCAGUUUAUUAAAGUUUUGAACAAAGCAUCAACUGAUGAUGUAAAUGCUUGGACUGUGGCAUCCUACAAAAAUGCUCUUGGCUGGGCUGACUAUUGCCAUGAGGUCUACAGUCAUAUAAAAGGCCAAGUUUAUGAAGAAGACUUAAAUAAACAGUUGCGACAAAUGACAGUCCUUCUUGGCCAAGUUUCAUUUAUUUGGCUUUCAGUAGAUAGCCUUGGAAAUGCUAAGCAUUUACUUGUCAAGACUCUAAUAUCUAACACAUCAUUUUCUGAUACAUCAUGGAAAAUAUUAUCAUCUUUAAUGGAGGAAACAUCCGACAAGGUGAUCUUAGACAAGGUAAAAAAUGUAACAAUAGAAAUGGACAUUCAUGAUGAAUUAGUCACUUUAAAUGCACACCUUUUGCACAAGCCAGAUGAUAAAAAGGUGCUGACACAACAUAAACUGAAUCUUUUAACUACAACUUUUUUAAAGUACUUAGUAUUGACUGGAUGUGAGGCUAGAAAACCUGAAAGGUAUGAUUCAUAUUGCCAUCUCUUAUUUGAUAAGCUUGCCAGGUCUCAAGAUGGAAUGGGCAUUGUCAUGUGUUCUCUGUGUGCUACAAGUGAACAGCAAGCUGAGGAGGAAGAGAAACAGCUACACUCUAUACAGAGUAUGAUGGUUGGUCAUCUGCAUCAGAUAAUAGAGGAAGAUAUUGAUAAAUGCCCUCUCUGGACUAUCAGCCCUAAAGUGCUACAGAAAGCUGCAGCAGAUAAUAAGCAGUUUUUUAUUUUGUAUUUGCAUGCAUUGGUUUCAUGGACUGAAACUUUUACUCCAUUAUUGGAUAAAAAUAUAUUUAUUUGGAGAAGUGCCUCAGGACACAAUGUUGACUACCUGACAAAACACUUUAUAUGCCUUCUAACGAACCCACCUACGAAUAAAGAAAGAAAUCAAAUUGUACUUGAUCUCCUGGUUGACAAAGUGAGGGAAACUGAUUUUACUGUGUGGCAGGUACUGGCCCAAAAACUGACAUGUCUGCUGAAAUAAUUAACCCACUAAGUACAGUCAAAGCAAUGCCAUGUAGCCAACAGAAUAGCAUCUUAGGAAACAUUUACAAAAUAAAUGAGCCCUGUCUAAUUUUAAUGAUACUAGUAUUGUCUAAAAUGACACUUCUUAGGCACAAUUUGCUUAGAAUAUAAUUUUAGUGCCACUUUAUCAUACAAUUUUGA